AUGCCGAAACCAAAUCAUCGCGGCGGGGGCCGCGAAAAGAAACCCGCAAGUCGCGAGGUAACAAUCUCAAAAGCACUGAGUCUCCUCCUUCGGCAUGCCGCAGAGCGCGAAGGGCUUAAGAUCAACUCCGACGGCUACGCGAAUGUCGCAGACGUGCUCGCAUGGCAGAAGCUCAAAUCACAAAAGGUCACCUUCGCCGAAAUCAUAAACGCUGUCGAAACAUCAGAUAAAAAGCGCUUCGCUCUGUUUUACCUCCCCUCCGCUUCUUCCUCUACAGACGAACCUCCAACAGCAAACCAAGACUCUUCAAUCGCGGCAGAAGAAGCUGCAACCGAAUCCAAUCAAAGCGAAACCGCGACUGCAGCAGCUCUUGCAGCCUCAAAAACAGACCUAAAGCCAUCACAUUACCUCAUCCGCGCAACGCAAGGCCACAGCAUUAAAUCAGUCCAGGCCGAGUCCGGGCUACUUGAGAAACUCACACUUGAUGAGCCAGAUAAAUUACCCGACACUGUUGUGCAUGGGACGUUUCAUUCGACAUGGCCGCUGAUCCUGGCCUCUGGCGGAUUAAAAUGUAUGGGCAGGAACCAUAUACAUUUUGCGACGGGUCCCACGCUACCGGAUGCGCUGGCCGAUAUCGCUAGCAAGGGCGAAGGAGGUGGUGCGGGUUCUAGCCCUGGUUCCAACGGCCAAGUCAUAUCCGGAAUGCGCAGGGAUGCGCAGGUUUUGAUUUACAUUGAUAUUCGGAAAGCACUGGAGGCCGGGUGUCCGUUCUGGAGGAGUGAGAAUGGAGUUAUUCUAUCCGAGGGGAUGGAUAUAGGCUCAAACUCGUCGGUUGGUGAAAACGGCGAGAAGGUGAUUCCAUUGGACGUUUUCAAUGUUGUCAUUGAGCGGAGGAAAGGGUUCGGGAAGAUUUGGGAGCACGGAAAGGAAAUCCAUGCCCUACCGGAGCACUUGACCAAGAAAGGGAAUCCGAAGUUGCAUGGGAGGAGAUAA